AUGCAUCUCAAACUUAGCCUCUCUCUCCUCACUGCCACCGCCUGGCUUGCUUCGGCAGGGCCAUACACUAUCCGAUGGUUCAGCGGCCGCUUCUGCGACGGCGGUAGCCUGGGUUGCAACGGCUACGACACGUACCAAUUCUGCGCACAGCCGCCAUCGCCAUCCAGCUUCCUGGCCAUGCGCGCCACGUCGUCGGGUCCCGUCGGGAUCCUGGUCUUUACCGAGGUGACCAACACCGGCGGCUGCGGGCUCUGCACGACCGUGGGAUCCCUCAACACCUGCUACCUCAACGCCCCCUUCGAGACGGCCUUUGUGGCGAGCAUCUCACAAUGCCGGCGUGGCAGGACCUCCGGGUUCGACCAACACUCAACCGCUCGUGUAGCCGCCUUUGAGCGACAUGCCGAGUGCAACGAGACAAUCCCGAUCGACACGGCCACCAUCAACGGGCAUGACUAUGAUGUCACCGGGCCCGAGUCUGAACGCCUGCAGAUCAUGGUGGACGUGAUGGAUUUGACCGGUGAGGAAUUCGCGGCGAAAUGGGCCGGAAAGUACCGCGGUCCCGCGACCGAUGGCACCCCGACAACCUUGGUGACCGUCAGUACCCCUGCUUCGGCCACCAGUGCUUGA